CCUGCCUACUGUCUACGUGUUGUUCUACAAUUUGCCGGACAAAACUUUCGAUUUUUAUGAAAUAAAAUAGAUCUUGUUACGUGUCCACUGCUUCAAUUAAUGUUGCACAUUUUGCAAGCAGUACAGUUUAUAUGUAUACAACGUCACGUUCUCACAUAAAUACAUUGUUUUGCCCUGUGUUUAUUGGUAAAUAAUAAUGGCCAAGGACAGAUCAGAAUUUCGAUUCAUUUUUUACGCUGGUGCUAUAUUUAUUUGCUACUUUAUAUUUGGUAUGUUACAAGAGAAAAUAACAAGAGGCAAGUAUGGUGAUAAUGAACAGUUCACUUGCGCUUUAUCAUUGACGCUGGUGCAGUGCGUCGUCAAUUAUAUAUUUGCACAAAUAUUGAUGUUAUCUUGGAAGCAUGAUACUGACACAACAAGGAAGGUUUACUACUUCUCAUCAGCAUUGACUUACCUUUUGGCUAUGGUUUGCUCCAACAUGGCAUUGCAGUGGCUCAACUAUCCCACACAGGUGGUGGGUAAAGCAGCCAAACCAAUUCCUGUCAUGAUUCUCGGAGUACUAUUAGGAAGGAAGUCCUAUCCACUCAAGAAGUACUUCUUCGUGCUGCUGAUAGUUACUGGUGUUGUGUUGUUCAUGUACAAAGAUCAGAACAACAAGGCUACUGACACCUCUCAGGGUUUUGGACUUGGGGAACUACUAAUCAUCCUCUCCUUGGUCAUGGAUGGCUUGACUGGUGCUGUGCAGGAACGCAUCAAGAGUGAGUCUUCCCCCAGCGCUUAUUCAAUGAUGUUGAACACAAAUUGGUGGUCUACAGUAAUACUGUCAGUGGGUAUUGUACUCAGUGGUGAAAUAUUCCGGUUUAUCACCUUCGUAUCUAAAUACCCAGAGGUAUUGAUAUAUCUGGCUGCAUUCGCUCUCAACGGUGCCUUGGGUCAGCUCUUCAUAUUCUUUAUGGUGUCAGAGUUUGGUCCCUUACCGUGUUCGGUAGUGACGACUACCAGAAAGUUUUUCACAGUCCUGGCUUCUGUUAUCAUAUUCGGCAACGUACUGGCCGGCAGGCAGUGGUUCGGCGCCGUUUUGGUGUUUAGCGGUUUAUUCUUAGACAUAUUCUACAGUAAAGGAAAAGCUCAACCUCCAAAGAGGGCAGCCAACAAAUGAUCCGAGUAUGUUUUUGACUAUAGAUAAUUUAUAGAUUUAUUGUAUAUUAUGCAAAAAUAUCAAAUAUUCACCACCUUACCGUAUUAAAUACAUUAUUAGAAGGUAAUCACUGUCUUCUCAAUCACCAUGGAGAGUUUUAUAUAGCGUUGUUGUUUUAUAAUCGCCGUAUAAUAGUGUUUGUAUAAUUUUUUAGACGAUACAGUAUGUUUAUUAGUGAAAUCCAUUCAUUAAAACUAGUGUUAGUUCUCAUAAAUAGUGUCUGAAAAAUGUUUUUCUUUUUCCUAGAAAAAAAUAUUACUGAAAAGUAAAAAAAAAAUUAAUAAAAAUUUUCGAAAAAAGAAUAACUUGUCUAUGUCAACAGCACUACACAGUACAAGGUGUGUACAUACCUAUUAUUACAUUCAAGAAUUUAGUUUUUUUUUAGUCUUUGGUAAUAUAAUUUUUGAUUUCUAGAAAAAAAAAACAUUUUUGAGAUUCUAUUACACUACUGAAACUAGUUUUGAAAAAUGGAUUUCGUUAUUUAACAUACUGUGUAAUUGAGUAAAUGAAGCAGUGUAGUAUAGCCCUUAAGCUAUAUAGUUAACUCUUUAUAUAAAUUGGGAUAAAAGGGGAAACAUUGUUUCCUUUUUUACUGUUUACCAACCCUCUGAUUUGAGGGAUAAAUGUAUCAAUUUACACCAAGCUCACAUGUCCUUUACACAUCUUAAAAUACAUCUUAAAAUAGGACGUAAAUGUACUAGGUUACUGCCUGUGUCUUUAGUUCCUGGAGUGAAUUUUUAAAUUCUCAUAUAUUUAAGGUUAUUUGAAAAGUUCUUAGCCUAACAUGGUUAAAGUCAUUGGUUUUUUUUAUAACUACAUUUUGUAGUUACAUUAUUUAGCAACAAGUAUGCACAGUUUAGUUUAUUCACAGUAACUCAUUGUUCGUUUACACGUGAUACCGUAAGUCAAGUCAGAGCUAUUUUUGAAAAUGGAUAAAAAUUGAACAUCGUGCAGUGAUAAAACCUAAGGUGUCUGCGUGGUGGGUACUGCGACUGCUUUCAGUGGAACAAAAACGCAACCGACUCACAAUUUCUCGCGACUGUUUAGAGUUAUAUGAAGCUGACCCAAUAGAAUUUGUUGAAAGAUUUAUAACCAUGGAUGAAAGCUGGGUUCACCACAAUACACCCAAGACAAAAGAACAGUCUAAACAAUGGAAAAGAGCAGGAUCGCCCACCCCAAGGAAGGCAAAGGUGGUUUUAUCGGCGGGCAAAGUCAUGGCAUUCGUUUUUUGGGAUGCAAAGGGUAUAAUUCUCUUGGAUUAUUUAAAAAAGGGUGAAACAAUAAACUCCGAUUAAUAUUGGAACCUGUUGCGUCGUUUGAGAGAAGAAAUCCAAGAAAAACGUCCAGGUUCAUUGAGAAGAAAAGUCUUGGACAAUGCGCGCGUUCACACCUUUGUGCAGUCCAUGGCAGAAAUCCAUCAAUGUGGCUUCGAAUUGUUACCUCAUCUCCCAUAUUCACCGGAUUUAGCACCAUCCGACUUUUAUCUGUUUCCAAAGCGGAAAAAAUUUUUAGGUGGUAAACAUUUUUUUACAAAUGAAGAGGUCAUAACCGCCGUGGACGCUUAUUUUGAGGAGUUAGGCGAAGAUUUUUUUAAAACGGGUAUCGAAGCCUUACCGGGUCGAUGGAAAAAGUGUUUUGAGCUCGGAGGAGAGUAUGUUGAAAAAUAAAAAUAAACUCAAAAUCGUGUGGUUUCAUUAAGUAUGUUAGGCUAAGAACUUUUCAAAUGACCCUCGUAUAUUAAAUUUAUAUAUAUACGAAAUCAAUUCCCUUUGCGAAUAAACACAUACUAAAAAUGUUAUAAAUAUCAUAAGGCACUGUGAUAUAUUUAAUUUAUUUACUCCUUUUUUUUAUCACAGAACAGAAAGUACAAGUACUAAAUAUAGAACAAAUGUGGGUAACAAAUAUGAAUUGUGCAUAGACAAAUUUAAACAGUAAAUAGAAGCUGCCACAAAGUUAAAGACACAUGUGAAUUAGUACCAGAGGGAGACUUUGUACAAAAGUCGAUUGCUUGGGUACCUCUGUCCUAUUCGUGUUUUAACCGUGAAGCAGUUGUGUUUGCAUGGCUGUGUUUCAGUUUGAAGGGUGGGAUAUGGCGUGAAUUUACUGGGUACAGAGGAAUAACACCUGAGUCCUCAGGAAUGGCAACGCAUGAGGGGUAUCAUGGGCGAAAUAGUAUACUCUGUUACUGUCGGUUACCACUUUCCAUCAGGUGGGCCGUCAGCUUGUUUGCCUAAGUUGUAUAAAAAAAAAAUAUAUUAAUUUCAUAAUUCACAUAAUUAUAAUUGACUAUAAAUAUUUGCUAAUAUUUUUAUAGCAGUAAAGUUUUAAUAAAGAUAUCCAUAUAUCCGUAUAUAUUAUAAAUAAUAGGUAAUAAAUAUUAGUUAUAGAUUAUCGAAAUUGAGUUGUGACUAAUAAUGGCAACUUUGACAAAAAAUUUAUAUAUUUAAAAAAAAUAUACAUACUUUAUGGUCAUUCCAAUACGCUAUGGAUAUGUCCAAACUGGGCACGUCAUAGAUCACUUUUACAAUCUAAUCUGUGACGUGCCUUAGUUUUGGAUAAUUACUAAAUUAGGAUUUAUUUUGUUCUAUAAUUUAUUUCUAGUACUAAUUUGUUUUUGCAUUUACUAUAUUUGUUGUAAUAAUAUAGCUAAUGCUUACUAAGAAGAAGUAAUUUUUUUAUUGUCAUAAACAAAUAUUUUUGGAAGGCUCUAUAUUUUGAUCAGGCCGGUUUAUUUGAUGAUUUGUGCAAAGCUGUUUUAGUUCUUUUUGUUCUGUGUGUCUCUAGCUUGUUUGGGAGUUUACAUAGAGUUGCUUGUUUUACAUAUAGAAAAUUACUGAAGUGUAACGUUUAUAUACGAAUGUGUAUUUUAGACUUUUUUUUAUAUCAAUGUUUUCAACAUAUUUAAAUAUAAAAUUCUCGAGUCACAGCUUUACUUGGCAUACUUCUCCGAAACGGCUUAACCGAUGUCGAUGUGAUUUUAUAUGUAUACUCGGUAGGUUUGAGAAUAGGUUGUUAUCUAUUUUUUAUACCCCUAAGUGAUAAGGAUAGCCCACCCCAAAAAAUAAUUCCCUAGAAAUAAUUUAAAUGAUAUAACAGUGUUUGUCAGGACAGCCCAUUAUUUUAUAUAUUUUUUAUAUUGCAAUAUUUUAAAAUGUGUAUAAAUGGCAUAUUAGUAUGAGUAUUAUGUAGGCUAAUAGCAAGAUUAAUUGUUCCAUUCAGUGAUGCUAUUGUAUAUAAAGCAUAUGCUUUUAACAUUUUUUUUUUUUAUUUUAAAAUACAUUGUACAGCUUUGGUCUACUGAGAUCACUUUUCUGCGCUGUGUUUAUUCAUUCAAAUAUACAUACGUGAUCAUAUAUAUUUGACAGUGUAAUAUGCCCUUUUAGGCUAUCAUUAUAAUGAUAAUGAUUGUAUCUGUUUGUAUAUAUUUGUCUGUAAUUGGCUUUGUGUUACUGUAGUAACUAUUCUAUUUUUUUUUUCGCAAUAAUUGAUAUAUGACAAUGAUAAAAAAUGUGAUCUGUAAUCGAAUUGCAAUCAAUAAAUGUAAUUAUAUUUAAAUAAUGCAUCAUGGAGUUUUAUGCUAUUUAAAAUUAUGAGAUCAGUCGAUUAUAUCUCUGUCUACCCCUCUCGGGAUUAGUCAUGAGAAUUCUACGAUUAAUAGUCACAAAUUGUAAAUAAAUAGUGAAACAAACCUUAAAAAUAAUAUUUUUUUCACACGUUGCUUAAUGAUUUUGUAGGAAUUACAUAUUACUUAUAUAUAAUAUGCAUAUACUUAUAUACAAUAUGAACAGACAUUAGAAAAGACUAAUUCAGAAUUUUAACGAAGUAAAAAAAUUUAAACACACUUAGACAAUUUUAUGUUUUACGAAAUGUAAAAAAAAAAGUCACCUGUCAGUUGUCACACGAUAUUGAUUUUAACAAAAUGUUUUUAUAUGUUAUUAUAGGAAUUUGUAAUACAUAUUUUGAAAAUAUUUUUAAUGGGUAACCAUGUAUUUGGGAAUUUUAAAUGAUAAGUCGAAAAAUGGUGUGUUACCUCAGGCCUCAGAAAAUUUACUAACCAAUACUCACUCAGCUUGGAUAGCAGAGAUGUGGAUUCGAAUCCCAUUGAAGCAAGUUUUUCAAUCUAUAAUAAUAAACAAAUAUUGGUAUUAAUUUGAAAAUUUUAUAAUCAAAUUUGUUGUAGUAUUUUUGUUUUGAAAUACUUUGUUGACAGCUUUACAAUGUUAAUUCUCAAAUGAAUUUUUAUUAGUUACAAUUAUAUUUCUAAAUUGUUUAUCACUCUGUCUUCCUUAUUUAGAUGUUUUUUAUCUGUCAUAAAUUUCUGAACAGGAGUCAAAGAAUGUAUAAUUUUCUGUCCCGUUUAUAUUAAUGCUCUCUGACAAUGCAUAAUUUUAUAAUUCUUUUGGAAUUAUAACGAGAAUGAAUUGACUUACACAUAUCACGUAACGCCAUCUAGUUUUAAAUUAUACAGAACUUAUACUAUAUGUACAUGUUAAUAGAACCUCAUAAAUAUAUUAAACAUUUUUUUUUUGUUUGUAAGUAAAAACCCAUAUGAAUAACAACAAUACAAAAUAAGAUCGCUACAACUGUAUGCAAUAUUACGUUAAUAUAUUUAUUUAUACUUUAUUGUACACAAAAAUAUACAUUGUUAUAUUUUAUAUUAAAUAAGGAUGUACAACAGCCGAGCUUAACUUUACAAGAGUUCUCUUCCAGCAAAUUAAGAUUAUAUAUAUAUUUUUUACGUUGUUGUUACUACUUUAACGUGCAGGAAAAAAUUAAAAGUUCGAGAAAAAAUGGAAAGUCAACACUAACCAUAUAGGAAAACUAUAAGAAAAAUACAACACGAUUUCUAUUUCUUUUUUCAUUUGGUAUGAGUUCUUGAAUUAUAAAUUAUAUUGCUAAUCAUAUUUUUUUACCAUUUAACGAGUAUUUCCGUGUCAAUGGAUCACAAAAAAAAUUUGCAUCUCAUUAUAGUAUUUUAUGACAGUUUAUAUUGAAAUAUACAGUACAAGUUACCAUUGUUCCAAUACGCAUUUACGUGUGCAAUAAUAUUGAUUUGUAAUAAACGUGAAAUAUUUAA